AUGGCGUAUUCUUCUUCCAAGGUCUACUACGGAGGAGCUUCGGUUGCGAUUCCGUUCGACUGGGAAUCACACCCCGGAACCCCUAAACACCCUUCGUCCGACACCGUGCUUCGUCCCUUAGCUCCGCCUCCUUCGUAUCAUUCUUCGAUGAAGUCGAAACCAAUGACAAAGAAGAGUUUGAAACCUUCAACCGUUUUAGGCUCCAUCUUUCGUAAGCUGAUUGCUCCGAGGAAAAACCAUGCGUCUUCUCCAUCGGCGUCAUUGUCAUGGUCACCGUUACAUGGUUCCAGUUCUUCUUUUUCAUCGUUCAUGAAUCGAAAGAUACUUCAUAGACGAAGGAGCUAUUUUUCGUGUUCGUGUCCAAGAUCACAUAUUCACAAUUGCAUGGAUGACGACGACGGCGAUGAUAAUAGAAUCAGAUCACCGGUUCCGACAUUGUGUUUCGGGUUUAAAGCUAAACCAAGGAAUCAGAUUGAGUUUAAAGGAAGUCAGUCAAUGACAAAAAUGAAGAAAGCAUUGCUAUCGGAUUAG